GGGCAUGAAUGAAAACUGGAAUCAUAUUCCAACUUCUCAUCAAGUACCUCAUACUCUUUUUCUAGUGGACUACUUUCUCAAGUUACCAACUCAGGUGUCAGCAUUCUUUCUAACUCACUGGCACUAUGAUCACUAUCGAGGACUUGGUUCCAACUUUCAACAGGGCUUCAUUUAUUGCUCACCUAUUACUGCUCGUUUAUUGGAAAGAAUAACUCUAGUCGACCCCCAAUGGAUCGUAGCAAAGCAUAAUAAUGAACCUUUUCUAGUAGAUAAAGUACAAAUAAGGUUUCUUGAUGCCAAUCAUUGUCCAGGCUCUGUUAUGAUACUAUUUCAAACAUCAGAAGGAAGCAACUAUUUGCAUACGGGUGAUAUGAGGUUUACACAAGACUUGAAAAAGGAAUUGAUAGUAUUGAAUAAUAUAUGUCUGGAUGCUGUUUAUUUGGAUACCACUUAUUGUCAUCGGAAAUAUCGAUUUCCUAGUCAAGCACAGACCAUUCAACGCAUCGUUCAUAAGAUACAGAAUAUGAAUAGGAUUCCUUUUCAAGAUUCCAACUCAAAUAGAAUAGAUUGUACAAGUAGACAUACUUUGUAUUUGAUAGCUACCUAUAGUAUCGGAAAAGAACGUAUCAUCGAUGCUCUUAUUCAAAAUGGAUAUCGUAUUUAUGUGAGUCCAGACAAAUGGAAAGUUUUACGUUGUUUAGAAUUUUGGAACGAAGAUAUAUUCAACGAAUACUUUACGACAGAUCCUGCUGCUAGUCCUAUUUGGUUGGUGGGAUGGAAUAGAGUGGCAGAAAGUGUGCCUGGUAGAUUGCUUCCCAAUUUUGAAGCUUUAGAAGAAAUGUUAUAUAUGGCCAAUCAUUGUAGAAAUAGACAAGUAUUCUCCCAUCAUCAUUAUUCUGAUUCUUUCCAUCCAAAUGGCUUAUUACAAAGAGUAAUGGCAUUGGUUCCUACUGAUUAUCUAUAUAUGGAAUACCUUAUAGUGAACAUAGCAAUUAUGAUGAAUUGUACCAUUUCAUUGCUUGGUUAAGACCCAAACAAGUUAUUCCAACC